AUGUCCUCUCAACAGUUACCAAUAAUUGACCCUCCUUUGGAGCAGCAAGACAUCGACUUUAACGGCCUCAUAACAUCUGAGGGCCAACUGUCCGACAAUGAAGCAGCCAUGGAUGGGGACCCAAACCGGCCAAAGGCUAAGCGUGGCCGACCACGCCUUCAGAGAUCUCUUCAGUCACAGACAGAGAGACGUCGAGCUCAAGUUCGUCAUGCACAAAGAACAUACCGUUUACGAAAGGAAUCAGCUAUACAAGAUCUUCAGGACCGUGUUGCGCUUUUAGAAACUAUUUUGUCAGGCGUGGAGUCGCUAUUUCUUAAUGUGUACGAAGUAGGCAUGGAAAUCGCGUUGCGUAGCGAAAACACAAACAACACCAACACUUUGCGAGCGGACUUUAAUCAUGACCUCAUGCAACUUCUUGCUUUUAGUGGCAUUCGAUUUGGAAACCUUUUGGCUCUUGCUGGACUAGGCCAGAACCAUGAGGAGCGUCUUCUCAGCAGCCGCAAAAAGGCCUCAGAUCUCGCUUCUAAGCUAGAUGGUGACGACACAGCUGGUCUUGAGUCGAACAACAUUAAUCCUUCUGGCGCUACAGCACCUCACCAGUCAUCAACUGAAGGCCUGGAAGCCUUGAGAUCUAAAACUGGCUUUUUCAAUAGCACCGAUGUUACCACCGACGAUAUUCUUAAUGCAAUCAACUCCAACUUUUGCUCCGAUGAAUUCAAAUUUAAAAAUGUUACUGGCGCUCUUAAUGUCCAACCAAAACUUCCACAAAAGACUAUCGACAAUUCAGUAUCUUCAUCUUCUUCGUCAACAUCUCCACAGGAACUUUCGACAUCUCCAAAUCCUUUACCAACUCAGUCCAAUAAAUCUCCUCACCAACAAGUUAAAAUCUCACCCUUAGUCGACCCUUCUUCAGGAUUUUUAUCUGAUUUCCCUCCAGAUAUGAUUUCUCAAUAUGUCAGCCGACGAUCAACCGUCAAACCGGAAAAGCAACAGCAACAACAGCAACAACAGAUACAGCUACAACAUCCUCAGCAGCAGCAACUGCCGCCUCUUCUAUCCACAUCUGAAGCUAAAAUACAUAGCAACACAAACCUACAAACACCCAUCAAUGUUCAACAAAAUACUAUUGCUGCUGUAGCAGCGACAGAUGCUAUAAACAACAAUCCCCAAGUAUUUCAAUCUCGAUCAAAUAGCCCUACUUUAACUAUGGAUCAGCUGCGGCAACUCGACAUUUUUUCAUCGAAAUCUCUCUCCGACAAAAAUCCACAAGUAGACCUUUCUCAAAAUUCAUUAAGUCGCGAAGAAAUUCUCAAAUUUUGGAAUACUGUGGCAAAUCGAAAUGGUCGCUCUUUGUCUUCGAUACUCACUUCUAUGGAUGUUUCCUACACAAUGCCUACUAGACAACCUGACUUUGAUGAUAAAAAGAAUGUUGAUAACACAGGCGCUGAAAAUAAUAGCAAUAGCAAUAGCAAUAGCAAUAGCAAUAAUCUCAAUAUGAGUACUAGCACUAGCAUCAAUAAUACUAACAAUAACAAUAACAACAGCAACAGCAACAGCAACACUAGCAACAAUAUACCAGCCGAGGCUCUUAACCCUAAUUCAUUACCAUCGGGAUCCCCCAUGACUGACUUUAAUGAAGUUUUCAAAACUAUCAACAAAUCUCGAGAACGCCAAAACUCGCUUAAUGAUUUUAACGUUUUCCGCAAUAUUUCUCUCCAAUCGGUAGCGCCACAGGGACCUCCACAAAGUGACGUUGAAAUGCUUGAUUCUACUUCUAAUAGAAAUUCGCAGCAACAAGAUCAAGAAACGGAACUGGCUCCUAACAGCAAUGGAGUAAGUGGAAGUGUGCUAGCAGCAGUAUCUGCAGUCAAUGCGUUAAGUACUCCUAGUACUGAAGGAUCUCCAAACUUUCAGCACAGGUCUCGUACACCAUCAUUAAUGGAUAUUUUCCACCAAUAUCAACAGAAACACCAAAGUCAAAGCGACAGCCAAAGCUCAACAGGGUUGACUCAGAAUAACUUAUCAGAGUUGAAUUCCCCAGGAGUUCAGCCCCAAAUUUCAAUCAAUCCACCCUUUGAGCAAAACUUUGGCAAUAAUGUCAUUAAUAGCAUGUUCACCAAACGAAAGAUUUCUUCUCCAAUCCCUCAUUCAAUUUCUCCCAUGACAUUUUACGAUUUUCUACCUCAAGAAGCUGGAACUGCUUCAGAUAUUACUACUAAUAAUCUACCACCAAGCAAACCAUCGAAAGAUACUAAACCACCCAAAGAAUUUGAUUCUGUGCCCAUGUCUUCUUCGCCCCCAAAAGCGCUUCCCGGGAACGAUUUUUCACUCCCCGUCUAUAUGACACCGUCAAAAACCGUUCCCGGGAUGCAGACUUUCAUUUCUCGCGAGGAGCUUCAAGCGGCGGCUCGUGACUACCUUAACAGUGCUCCUUUACCAUCUGCUCAACCAGAGCCAGCCAUUUAUUCAGAAUUAAGUGAGCGGAUUUUUCGAUGCGCUCUACAUUGGGUGCUACGCUAUUAUGCUGAUGGGAACUUUACAGUUCUUGAGCGUAUUUAUUCCAAUUCCUUUUCCAAGACUGAACAUUUCCAAAUUACAAGAGUUCUUUCUGCCCUUCAAGUUGGUGUCAGUGUCAACAAUUCCAAAUGGGUUGGGAAAAUAGAAGACGAUGCAUUGUUCCCUGGUUACCUAGGCCCUGCAAAAAUUCAGGAACGCUUCAUGCUUGCCAAGAUGCAGCUAGCACAGCGCGGCCUUGACAUUGAUGAAGAUGCAUUUGUUCAGGCAAUUUCCAAAACCACUUAUUGUCUGGGAUCCAUACCUCGAGUUUCUUCAACUCUACUUGAAUCAGCACUCUCGGAGGCGGCCAAUGUAGCCCAGUUCAAAAAAGCCAUGAUGAAUGCGGCUGCGGCAAUUGAUAACAACACCCCACCAAUAGGAUCAAUCCCUACAUCGGAAAAUCCCCAGACCAGUGUACGCGUGCCAGCACCCAGUAUGGUUGGAAGUUUAUCUACAUCGCCGAACUCAACUUCUACUUCUUUUUCAUCGCCUUCAAGUGCUUCAGGCCAAGAUAUACAUCUCAACAGAGGUUCUUGUACUCCAACUAGCGGUUCUUCUGAAGGCGGAGACGGCCCAAAAUCUAUGUGA